AUUGAAUGGCCAUUUGAAUUGAAUACAUACUGUACUGACUGUGUGUAUAGUUUAAUAGUGUAAACUGUAAUACACUGUAAACUGUAGUUAUACGUUGUGUUGUUAAUGCAGUCAAUGCUUUUAGUAGUAGUCUAUAGUUAUUACAGUAGUAUUACUAAACACUAAACAGUUAUUAUAUCCGUAUACACACUGUAUGUAUGUAUUGUUUGUUACCAUCAAAUGACUGACCACUAGAUGACCACUAGUGUGAUAAUGAAGUGAUUGAUGUCAUAUCGUCCAGCAGUUGAUCCAAUCGAUAACAACCAACAACAACAACAACAACAAGACUAUUGAAUUGUGGGAUCAGUUAUUGAAUUAUUUAUUUUUGUUUUGUUUUUUUUGUGGUCAUCUUAUAAGUCUGUGAAGUGUCUUAAACCACAACAACAACCACAACAGCAAUGGUUUUAGACGUGUUUGGAUCAGUUCGUAGUCUAAUUAAAUUAGAUUCCGUCUGUAUCGACAACAAUGUCUUCCGAUUGCAUUAUAAGGCGACCGUCAUAUUUCUGGUCGCUUUUUCAUUGUUGGUCACAUCCAACCAAUACUUUGGUAAUCCUAUUGAAUGUAUACAAAGGGAUGACAUACCAACCAACUUAUUGGACACGUAUUGUUGGAUUCACGCAACAUUUACACUGCCUGAUGCCCUAAACAAAAAAAUCGGUGUCGAAGUACCCCAUCCGGGCAUCGAUAAGUAUACACCGGGCGAAAAGCGUGUCUACCAUAAGUACUACCAGUGGGUGUGUUUCGUACUAUUCCUCCAGUCCCUCAUGUUCUACGUUCCCCGUUAUCUAUGGAAACUGUGGGAAGGCGGCCGACUCAAGAGUCUGGUUCUGGGUCUGAAUAUACCCAUUAUGCAGGACAAAGAAAAGAAGGAACAGAUCAGCCUAUUGGUCGACUAUCUGAAAGCCAAUAUGCGUUACCAUAACUCCUACUUUUUCUACUUUGUCUUCUGCGAAGUACUCAACUUUAUCAAUGUUAUCAUUCAAAUGUAUUUGAUCGAUGCCUUCCUCGGCGGUGCGUUCAGUACGUACGGUCUGGAUGUACUGAAAUAUACGGAAAUGGAUCAGGAAUCCCGUGUGGAUCCAAUGAUAUCCGUUUUCCCCCGUAUGACCAAAUGUACGUUCCAUCGGUACGGUUCAUCCGGUGAUGUCCAACGACACGACGCCCUCUGUAUACUACCGCUGAAUAUUGUUAACGAAAAAAUCUAUAUAUUCCUCUGGUUUUGGUUCGUCUUUUUGGCCAUAAUUUCCGGCAUUAUUCUCAUCUAUCGUCUGGUAAUCAUAUUCUUUCCGCACUUGCGUUACGUUACCCUCAGAUCGCGGGCCCGACUAACCGAUCGAAAUCAUCUACGAAUUGUAAUGGACGCCGCAAAGAUUGGAGACUGGUUUCUCCUUUAUUUAUUGUGCAAGAAUAUGGACGGCCAAAACUUUAGGGAACUAAUGCAAGAAUAUUCUAAAGAAGCAGUCGGUGACGGUUCCGGUAAAAACCUAUUGCCAUACAAUGAGAAGGAAGGCCUAACGUCUACACCUUAAUUGCUAUCAAUAUAUAAAUAUAUAUAUUUAAAAAAAAC